GACAAACUACCAUCUCUUGCUUCAUCAAUCAAACACAAAGCCGAGUAAAAGCACGUGAACCACUGCUUGAAGGGCCAUCGUAACGUGUCCAUAAUCCCGUUUGCUUUUAAGUCUUGAUUCCGACAGAGCUGGGGGUGUAGCCUGACAUCUGAAUUAGUGUCAUUGGAUAUCAAUUCUUUCAACCAAGCAGUCACCAUCAGGAGUUUAUAAGUACCGUAAUCAAAGGUAGCUCUCCCUGUCUGGCCACAAUCAUAUCGGAUCGCAGUUAUGUCAAACCCUAUUCCAACAGCGAGUGCUAGUCGGAGACGUCCUAGGCAGUCCCGGCCGGAGGAUAUGGACGAGCUCGUUGCAGGCACAAACGAUCUUCUCUCACAGUUUCCUACGGCAUCGUUCUCACGAAGAGCUGCCCGAGUUAAUAGAACCCGAAAUGCAAGAUUCUCCAUGGACUCUAGAGGACCAUUUCGAUUCCUCCAUCUCCCUGUCGACAUUCGCAUCAUGAUCUACGAGUGCAUGUUGGGGCCUCAGCCAGGACUUGAACUGACCUCUAUCAACUACACUACGGACUGGCCCUAUAUCGACUUCAAGGGCGUUGUCAAGGUUGAAGAAGAUGCCAUGUGCAGCUGUCCACGGCCAGACAGGAAUGGGGAGCAUGCAUAUAUGAGAUACACAUGCCCAGGACCCGAAGUUCGUCUCUCCACCAGCAAAAGGCUCGACGUAUCUGGCGCCCCGAGAGGCCCUAGCAUGAGUAUACGAAAGCCUACUCCCGCCGAGCUUGCUAGUAGUCGGCCUGGCACCUCGAUCCUCCGAGUCAGCCGACUGAUCUACAACGAGGCUUUCCAGUAUCUAUACAAAGGCCGUACGUUCCACGUUCUCGAUGGGGCUUCAAGUGGACAUGGACUGGGACGGUACCAGUGCUACGCCACCGUCGCCUGGCUGAACAUGCUCUCACAGGAGGCCCGGGCUCGGGUUGAAGGGAUCAAGAUUCUCCUCGCCCCAUACGAGCAGGAUUGUGUACUAAAAGUCGGGAGGCGAUCUAGCGCCGAGCUCUGCCAGUACGUUAUCACAAAUCUAGAGCGCUUGCAGCGAGUAGAGGUAGAGCUAUACAACGUCGGACGUCCCCACAUCCCUGCAGAUAUCGGUGGAGGCAUGCGCGCUGGGCCCGCGCUGGAUCUGAUACAACCUUUCUGGACCGUUCUGCGCCGUGAAGAGGUACAGUUGUCAGUGUCGGUCACAUCAUGGGAGUUCAUGGCGGGGUUCCAGCAUAUCAACUACAACCCAGAGAACCUGGCGCGCAUUCGAUCGGAAAUGCUGACGCAGGUCGAUGUCGAUCGAUUGGCGUUUCAAGUCAAGGAAAAGCGGAAGGCAAGGCGUCUUAAGGCUCAAAAGCUAGAAGAAGAUGAUGAGGUGGUUGAAGGAGUUCUAAGCACCAUCCAAUCAAUCUGAACACUGAGCCGGCUCGACGACGAUGAAAGCGCAGUCCGUUAUUAACAUUAGUGGGUCAGGAUAGGACGGCUGUUCUAAUAACAGUAUUACAUUAGACUAAAUGCUGUUUGGAUAUGUUGGGAGAAUUGAGGUGGUAAUUCGGGAGAAGAGCAUGGUUUCGGCUUGUUUGAUUCGACAUGGAAGGGCCACUCACUGAAUCUUUGAAAUAUCCCACGGGUCCGAUAGCUCCAUAGUGAAACUACCACCGCUGUAGAGAGACCGCAAUGAACCUUUUGUUAUAAUCCUAC